AUGGAUUUCCUUCACAAGGACGGAGUGCUGAUUAUUCAGCAUUUGCAGAAGGAUUAUAGAGCCUACUACAGUUUCCUAAAUUUUAUGUCCAAUGUUGGAGAUCCUCGAAAUAUCUUCUCUAUUUACUUUCCUCUUUGGUUUCAACUUAAUCAGACAGUUGGAACUAAAAUGAUAUGGGUGGCUGUCAUUGGGGAUUGGUUCAAUCUUAUUUUUAAAUGGAUAUUAUUUGGUCAUCGGCCUUACUGGUGGGUACAAGAAACCCAUAUUUACCCAAAUUAUUCAAGUCCAUGCCUUGAACAGUUCCCUGCGACAUGUGAAACAGGUCCAGGAAGUCCAUCGGGCCACGCAAUGGGUUCUUUCUGUGUCUGGUAUGUAAUGGUAACAGCUGCCUUGAGCCCCUCUGUCUGCCAAAUGGAAAAGUUGUCAACCACUCUGCACAGACUGACCUGGUCAUUUCUUUGGAGUCUUUUUUGGUUGAUUCAAGUCAGUGUCUGCAUCUCCAGAGUAUUUAUUGCAACACAUUUUCCUCAUCAAGUUAUUCUUGGAGUAAUUGGUGGCAUGCUUGUGGCAGAGGCCUUUGAACACACUCCAGGCAUCCAAACCGCCAGCCUGAGCACAUACCUGAAGACAAACCUUUUCCUUUUCCUCUCUGCACUCUGCUUUUAUUUGUGUCUCAGAGUGCUUGACAUUGACCUGCUGUGGUCUGUGCCCAUAGCCAAGAAAUGGUGUGCCAACCCUGACUGGAUCCACAUUGAUACCACGCCUUUUGCUGGACUUGUGAGAAAUCUUGGGGUCCUUGUUGGGCUGGGUCUUGCAAUAAACUCUGAUAUGUUCCUCAGGAGCUGCCGUGGGGAAAAUGGCUAUAAACUGAAUUUCCGGCUGCUCUGCAUAGCUGCCUCUUUGACUGUACUGCAGCUUUACCAUUUCAUCAAGAUCCCCACUCAUACAGAACAUUUAUUUUAUGUGCUGUCUUUCUGUAAAAGUGCAUCAAUUCCACUAACUGUGGUUGCUCUGAUUCCAUACUGCAUUCAUUUGUUAAUGAAACAAAACGGUAAGAUUGAUUAG